ACGUGCACCCAUAUAUUGAUAUUGUAAGGUUUAACUUAGCCUAGUUGAUAUUCGCGCAGUUAAACACCGAUUUUAUCGGUGUCAGUAGUGGGUAAGAGUCAUUGCUCGGGAACAAGAACAUGAUCGGCUCGUCAGCCACGACCAGGGCCCCAGUGGUCCGCUUGUCCUGCCCGGCACGACAGAUCCCCAGGGGGACACCCCGGUCUGCCCCUCCCAAGUCGGCUUCGCCGCAGCUGAGGGGAAAGGACCGCUACCAGCGCCUGCUCCCUGCUACCGCGGGACCGAGUCGGUCUCCUGCACGCGCGCUUUCUCCACACAGCGUAACUCCCCUGGGAGGAGGCUUCGCCCUGCCAGCCUACGGCGAGCUAGGACACCCCGUCGUCGAGCAAUUCGAGACGACCUUGGACGAAAGCAAGACGUUGUUUUUCGUGAGGCGGGUAUCCAUUUUUCAAGUCUGGCAGCUGUUUGUCAUGUGGCUGGCGCUCACUGGCACUGUGGUCUUCAUCGCCAGCGUUGUAGGCUUCCGACACAUUCUGAUACGGCAGUCACAAAGUACCACAAUGCCGCCGUACACGCACGUAUUCAGACCACCUGGCUUGCCUAAGCCGGGUGAGGUGAACGGCACGUGUGACGUUCUGACCCCGUGUCAGGGUGAGGCCGAGUGCGUGGAUGGCCGGUGCAUCUGCAGCCCGCCUCUGUCACUAGCAGUCGGAGACGUCUGUGUCAACUCCACGGAAUCGACGAGACCAGCGGAUGUCGCUAUCCUGGAUGGAUAAACCAUGCUGAGGAAAGAGCCACCUCCUUUACAAGGCGUGUGAAUCUCAUCCAGACAUCUUGAAAGUGAACGUUUAUGGCCAUGUGAUGCUAAUGGGAAAAUCAUUCACCAACGUAGUGUCGACUUUCGUCGGCGUUCUGCCGUUAUCUCAGGGCUGCUAGCGAUUGAUUUCGGUAAAACCUUGA